CAAUCUACAUUGGAGCCUCGCUCGCGAGCGAGCUUGAGGAAGAAAUGGCGAGUGUCUCGGGUGCUGGUCUCUGCUGGAGUUCGAACAUCUCCUUACCUCCGUCCUCAAAGCCCUCUGCUCCGCUUCCUCGCCGGACCUCCUCUGUCAUUAGAAGCGCCGUCUCUGUUGAGAGGAAGAGAUUAAAUCUGCAGAAGUCCGAAGAGAUCUUUGAAGCUGCCAAGGAGUUGAUGCCUGGAGGUGUGAAUUCUCCAGUACGUGCUUUUAAAUCCGUCGGGGGACAGCCCAUCGUUUUCGAUUCUGCGAAGGGCUCUCGAGUUUGCGAUGUUGAUGGUAAUGAGUAUAUUGAUUAUGUGCUCUCAUGGGGGCCAGCUAUCAUUGGCCAUGCUGAUGACAAGGUUAAUGCUGCCUUAAUAGAAGCUGUUAGAAAAGGCACGAGUUUUGGAGCUCCAUGCAUCUUGGAGAACACAUUGGCGGAAAUGGUCAUCUCUGCCGUUCCCAGUGUCGAGAUGGUUCGGUUUGUUAACUCCGGAACCGAAGCAUGCAUGGGUGCUCUGCGUCUCGCCCGUGCCUUCACUGGCCGUCCGAAAAUCAUAAAAUUUGAGGGCUGCUAUCAUGGUCAUGCUGACUCGUUCCUCGUCAAAGCCGGCAGCGGUGUCGCCACCCUUGGCCUCCCUGACUCCCCCGGCGUCCCUAAGGCGGCUACUGCAGAUACUCUAACUGCUCCAUACAAUGACAUCGAAUCCGUGAAGAAUCUUUUUGAGAGCCAUAAAGGCGAGAUCGCUGCAGUGAUAAUCGAACCAGUUGUUGGAAAUGCCGGAUUCAUCACGCCGAAGCCCGGUUUCCUGGAAGCCCUGCGCCAAAUUACAGAGGAAGAAGAUUCUCUUCUCAUCUUCGAUGAAGUCAUGACCGGAUUCCGACUUUCUUACGGUGGAGCUCAGGAGUAUUUCGGCGUAACUCCCGAUUUAACCACUUUGGGGAAGAUUAUCGGCGGCGGUUUACCUGUCGGUGCUUAUGGAGGGAAGAGGAAAAUCAUGGAGAUGGUGGCUCCUUCUGGUCCGAUGUAUCAGGCAGGAACUUUAAGUGGAAAUCCAUUAGCCAUGACUGCUGGAAUUCACACCCUUAGAAGGUUGCGAGAAUCAGAGUGUUACGAGUACUUGGAUGAGAUCACCGGAAAGCUGAUUUCAGGAAUUCUGAAAGGCGGUAGAGAUGCGGGACACGAGCUCUCCGGUGGCUAUGUAGGAGGAAUGUUUGGUUUUUUCUUCACAGAGGGGCCUGUAUUUAAUUAUGAAAAUGCAAAAAAAAGUGACACGACAAAAUUUGCGAGGUUUCACAGGGGUAUGCUGGAAGAAGGUGUUUAUCUUGCUCCAUCCCAGUUUGAAGCAGGAUUUACAAGCAUAGCUCAUACUUCUUCUGAUAUUGAAGAAACUAUUGAGGCUGCCAUUAAAGUUUUUCAGAGCUUAUAAUUUGGGUUAGUAGCUUUGAAACCUUGAUUCUGUUGUUCAUUCUACCUUUCAUUUUUUCUUUGGUUAUUUGUGUUCAGUAAACUUUGCUAUGAGGUUUUAUUUGUUGGAAAUUUUGCACUUUUAAGAACCUCUUUAUUUUUUUAAUGAGUACAUACAUUGUAGUUUUUCA